AUGAUUGGUCACUGUUUGUACGGUCGCUGCACACAGAGUAGUACGGCCGCACCUCCCAAUCCUGGCGAGCAGACAUGCGGAGCCGCACCUCCCAAUCCUGGCGAGCAGACAUGCAGGCAUAAGACCUCCCAAUCCUGGCGAGCAGACAUGCAGACAUACGAUGGUGCACACAGCGAUAACGUGUCCCACAUAAUCCUGGCGAGCAGACAUGCGGGCAUACGAUGA